UCUCCAAAAGGUCCCCGCAGUCUCUGGUCAUCCCCUGUACUGUGUCCGCAGUCUCUGGUCAUCCCCUGUACUGUGUCCGCAGUCUCUGGUCAUCUCCUGUACUAUGUCUGCAGUCUCUGGUCAUCUCCUGUACUAUGCCUGCAGUCUCUGGUCAUCUCCUGUACUAUGUCUCUGAUCAUCUCCUGUUCAGAAUAUUUUUUUUCUUGUUUUCCUCCUCUAAAAUCUAGGUGCAUCUUAUGGUCAGGUGCGUCUUAUGGAGCGAAAAAUACGGCAAUAUUAUUUUAUGGGACAAAUAGAUCUUUCUUGUGGUGGUGUUGAAAGUAGAACCAAAGGUAUUUUUCUAUUUUGGAUAUAGUAAGGAAGGGUUAUCACCCUGU